AACUUGUGUUUGGUUUCUCUGCAGAUCAAAACCUCUCCCAACUGCCUGCUCUCUGUGAGAGUCAUACGAGCCAGGAACAUCUCCUCGAAAGACCUCUUCACUGCAUCUGAUUGCUACGUGAGCCUGUGGCUGCCAACAGCUUCAAAUAAAAAGGUCAAGACCAAAACCAUCAAGCAAACUGAUAACCCUGUCUGGAAUGAGACCUUUUACUUCAGGAUCCAGAAUGAGGCCAAGAAUAUCCUAGAAUUGACAGUCUAUGAUGAGGAUUCACUCACCAAAGAUGAUGCACAAUUCACUGUUCUGUUUGAUGUUGCUAAAGUCAGGCCUGGAGAGGUAGUCUAUAAGAUAUUCUCUUUGAAAUCAGAGAAACAGGAGUCUCUGGAAGUGGAAUUUAAGAUGGAGAAAAUUCCUGGUCCUCCCGAGAAGCUCAUUACAAAUGGCGUCCUAGUAUCGCGUGAAGUUUGCUGCUUAGAAGUUCAGGUGGACAAGGAGGAGAAUAAAAAGUAUUUGAAAGAGAAUAAAAACGUUGUGCUUACGGUGGAUGCAUCAUAUGAAGGAACACAGAAAACCACUAUGGACUCGGAUACUUUCCUCUUUCACUGCAUAAAGAGUUGGGAGCCAAUGCUAAAAGCCAGGCUGCAGUGUGUUUCAGAUAUGGAAGAGAAUGAAGACAAUUCAGAUGACUCCUUAACAAUACCCCUGACAUUACUUGCUGUGGGACAGAAAGUGAAAGUAGGCCUUCCUGUAGAAAAGGGUACACAGUUGGAGCUGCAGGUCCAAGUAAAUGAUUGCCCAGAAAAUCUAGAUGUGCGUUUAGGGUACAAUCUGUGUGAAGAGGAGCAAGAUUUCUUGCAGAAAAGGAAGAAGGUGGUUGCUAGUGCCUUGAAAAAGGUUCUUCAGCUGAGGAGAGAUCUGCAUGAGCAUGAGAUCCCAGUGAUAGCUGUCAUGGCAACAGGAGGAAGUAUCAGGGCAAUGUCAGCAAUGUAUGGCCACCUCUUAGGUCUCCAGAAGCUGAAUCUCUUGGACUGUGUUACAUAUCUCACUGGUACUUCUGGCUCAACAUGGACCAUGACCAACCUGUACAAAAAUACCGACUGGUCACAGAAAACUCUGGAAGGGCAAAUCAGUCUAGCAAAGAAACAGGUGAUGAAGUGCAAGAUGAAUGUUAUUUCCAUGGAGCAUCUGAAGUAUUAUUAUGAAGAGAUGAUUAAGAGGGCAAAAGAAGGACACAUCUCAUCUUUUACAGAGCUGUGGUCACUUGUUCAGGAAGCGUUUUUACAUGAUGAGCCAGAGGAAAGUAAACUCUCAGACCAGCGCAAGGCUGUGGAUCAGGGUCAGAACCCCUUACCUCUCUAUGCAAUCCUCAAUGUCAAAGCAGAACAGAUCAGCACUUUUAAAUUUAGAGAAUGGGUGGAGUUCUCACCUUACGAGGUGGGAUUCCAGAAAUAUGGAGCCUCCAUUCGAUCAGAAAAUUUUGACAGUGAGUUCUUCAUGGGGAGGUUGGUGAAGAAGCUCCCAGAGUCUCGGAUCUGCUUUCUGGAAGGUAUCUGGACUAAUAUUUUUACUCAAAAUUUGUUGGAUGGCUUAUAUGGGUCCGCAAAUUCAGAUGAAUUCUGGGACCAUUGGGCAAAAGACAUGGCAGAUAUGGCUAGAGAAAAUAAUGCUUCUGAUGACUCUUCCGUUAUCAUCAAGCCUUCCCGUUCCACAUCAGGGAACCUUUGUGAAAUCUUUAACGAUAUUCUAACCUCUCGACCGCUACUGGAAGAGACUCAUAACUUCUUGAGAGGCCUAGAAUUUUACAAGGACUAUCUCCAACAGAAAGGAUUUAUUGAAUGGAAAGACACUGUGCUGGACUUAUCCCCUAACAAACUGACUCCACAGGAGAAACAUCUUUGCCUAAUAGAUGUUGGCUAUUUCAUUAACACCAGUUGCCCACCGCUUCUCAAGCCCGAGAGGAAUGUGGAUGUCAUCAUCUCACUUGAUUACUCGAUGGGCAAUAUAUUCCAGCAAUUAGAGAUGACAUACAGAUACUGCAAAACGCAAGGAAUCCCAUUCCCCAAAAUUGAGCUGAGUGAGGAAGACAAGAAGAAUCCCAAGGAAUGUUACUUGUUUUCAGAGGCAGAGAACCCCAGAGCUCCCAUAGUGCUCUACUUCCCAUUGGUGAACAACACUUUCAAGGACUACAAGGAACCUGGGGUGAAGCACAGUCCCUUGGAGAUGAAGGAUGGUGAUAUAAAUUUGACCAACAAUAACUCACCAUAUUAUUUUACUAAACUAACAUACUCUGCUGAAGACUUUGACAAACUGGUGAAUCUGAGCCACUACAACAUCCACAAUAACAAAGACCUGAUUCUACAGUCCAUCCAGAGGGCUAUGGAAAGGAGGAGAACCAGCAUGAGGGGACAUUUACUCACCGGUUCUGAAGUUGAAUCUGCCUAGGCAGUAUUUCUGCAUCAUUUACCCACUAUAGGUUACAGUGUUCUGCCAAUAUUUUACCAGCGGUACUGCUGAUUACCUAUUACAUUGUAUGAAGUGAUACGGCAGCUGUAUAUUUCUCAUC